AUGGAAGAUGAAUUAAAUUUGAACGCCACAGAAGUAAACACAAGAAAGCUCUAUUUUUGGGCUAUGCAUCAAUUGCAACGAUGUUAUUUGUGGUCGAGAACAUUGCCGCCACAAGAACGAUUGGACUAUUUGAUAACUUUACGACGCAAA